AUGGGGAAUUGCUGCGCGGUACCAAAAACUUCUGAUAAGAAAAAGAGAAGGGGAAAGCAUAAGCCAAACCCAUUUGCUUCUGAUAGCAAUGGCCAUGUGCCAAAAGGUGGGCACAAAUCUUAUGUGUUGCAAAAUCCAACCGGAAAUAACAUCGAGGAAUUUUACGAGCUCGGGCGUGAGCUCGGCCGGGGCGAGUUUGGUGUCACGUAUUUGUGUACGGAUAAAGCCAGCGGUGAAUUGUUAGCCUGCAAGUCGAUAUCGAAAAAGAAGCUUAGGACUAGGGUCGAUAUUGAGGAUGUUAGGCGAGAAGUUGAGAUAAUGAAGCAUUUGCCUAAGCACCCGAAUAUCGUGAGCUUGAAGCAUACUUAUGAGGACGAUCAUGCUGUGCAUUUGGUUAUGGAGUUGUGUGAAGGUGGUGAGUUGUUUGAUAGGAUUGUGGCCAGAGGACAUUAUACGGAGAGGGCUGCAGCAGCCGUGACUCGAACGAUUGUUGAGGUUAUUCAGAAUUGCCAUAAACACGGGGUGAUGCAUCGUGAUCUGAAGCCCGAAAAUUUCUUGUUUGGGAACAAGAAGGAAACAGCACCACUUAAGGCCAUUGAUUUUGGGCUGUCAGUUUUCUUCAAGCCUGGUGAGAGAUUCAAUGAGAUUGUGGGAAGUCCUUACUAUAUGGCUCCAGAGGUUCUGAAGAGAAAUUAUGGACCCGAAGUCGAUGUUUGGAGUGCGGGUGUUAUUCUUUACAUCUUAUUGUGUGGCGUUCCACCCUUUUGGGCUGAAACCGAACAAGGUGUUGCCCAAGCAAUUAUUCGUUCGGUGGUGGAUUUCAGAAGAGAUCCUUGGCCUAAAGUUUCUGACCGGGCAAAAGAUCUCGUCAAGAAGAUGCUUAACCCUGACCCCAAACAGCGGCUUACAGCUCAAGAAGUUCUCGAUCAUCCUUGGUUACAGAAUGCAAAGAGUGCUCCUAAUGUUUCUCUGGGUGAAACUGUGAAAGCUCGGCUCAAACAGUUCUCGAUGAUGAAUAAGCUGAAGAAAAGGGCUCUGAGGGUGAUUGCUGAGCAUUUGUCGGUUGAGGAAGUUGCAGGGAUUAAAGAAGGAUUUCAAUUGAUGGACACGAACAACAAGGGUAAAAUCGACAUUAACGAGUUGAGAGUUGGGCUGCACAAGCUCGGUUAUCAGAUUCCUGAAAGCGAUCUUCAAGCUCUUAUGGAAGCUGGUGACGUGGAUAAAGAUGGAUAUCUCGACUGUGGUGAGUUUGUUGCGAUCUCUGUACACCUGAAGAAGAUGGGAAAUGAUGAGCAUCUCAAGAAAGCCUUUGAUUUCUUUGAUAAAAAUGAGAGUGGAUACAUAGAAAUCGAAGAGCUCAGGGAUGCAUUUGCUGACGAGGCAGAGGAAACGAGCGAGGAAGUCAUUAACGCAAUUAUUCAAGAUGUCGACACAGAUAAGGACGGGCGUAUAAGUUACGCCGAAUUUGCAGCUAUGAUGAAAGCGGGCACGGAUUGGAGAAAGGCAUCGAGACAGUAUUCACGUGAACGUUACAACAGUCUAAGCUUGAAAUUAAUGAAAGACGGGUCUUUGGGAAUGGGAAGUGAAGUUCGAUGA